GGAGGGAAACGCAAAGGCAAAAGCAAAAAGUGGAAGGAAAUCUUGAAAUUCCCUCACAUUAGCCAGUGUGAAGAUCUCCGAAGAACAAUAGAGAGAGAUUACUGCAGCAUAUGCGAAAAGCAGCCGAUUGGAAGGCUUCUCUUUCGGCAGUUCUGUGAAACUCGACCCGAGCUCGAGUGCUGCAUUAGGUUCCUUGACUCGGUGGCAGAAUAUGAAAUUGCUCCAGAUGAAAAGCUGGGAGAGAAAGGAAAGGAAAUCAUGAUGAAAUACCUCACCCCAGAGUCUCCAGCCUGCGUUCCCGAAGUCAGUCAAGAUCUUAUCCAACAGACAGAGGAGAAACUCGAAAACAGCCCCUGCAAAGAGCUAUUUUCUCACUGUACAAAAUCUGUCCUUGACCACCUCAGUGGGGAACCAUUCCAAGAAUACCUAAACAGCAUGUACUUUGACAGGUUUCUCCAGUGGAAGUGGUUGGAAAGGCAACCAGUAACGAAAAACACGUUUCGGCAGUACAGGGUACUAGGGAAAGGCGGCUUUGGGGAGGUCUGCGCUUGCCAAGUCCGAGCGACAGGGAAGAUGUACGCCUGCAAGAGAUUAGAGAAGAAGAGAAUAAAAAAGAGGAAAGGCGAAUCCAUGGCACUAAAUGAAAAGCAGAUUUUAGAAAAAGUCAAUAGUCAGUUUGUAGUCAAUUUAGCCUAUGCCUAUGAAACAAAGGAUGCACUGUGUUUAGUUCUGACCAUAAUGAAUGGAGGUGACCUGAAGUUUCAUAUCUACAACAUGGGAAACCCAGGCUUUGAGGAGGAAAGAGCUUUGUUUUAUGCAGCAGAGAUUCUUUGUGGCUUAGAAGACCUACACAGAGAAAAUACUGUGUACAGAGAUUUGAAGCCAGAAAAUAUCCUGCUAGAUGAUUAUGGCCAUAUUAGAAUAUCUGAUUUGGGUCUAGCUGUUAAAAUCCCUGAGGGUGAAUCAAUCCGUGGAAGAGUAGGAACAGUAGGGUAUAUGGCUCCAGAAGUGUUGAACAACCAGAGAUACACACUCAGCCCUGACUACUGGGGGCUAGGCUGUCUCGUUUAUGAAAUGAUUGCUGGGCAAUCACCAUUUCGUGGAAGGAAAGAGAAGGUAAAGAGGGAAGAAGUGGACAGAAGAGUGCUGGAGACAGAAGAGGUGUACUCCCAUAAGUUUUCUGAGGAGGCCAAGUCCAUCUGUAAAAUGCUCCUCACCAAAGACGUGAAGCAGCGGCUAGGAUGUCAAGGGGAAGGUGCAACAGAAGUGAAGAGGCACCCCUUUUUCAAGAGUAUGAAUUUCAAGCGGUUAGAAGCAGGAAUGCUGGAUCCUCCCUUUGUCCCUGAUCCCAGAGCAGUAUACUGCAAGGAUGUGUUAGACAUUGAGCAAUUCUCCACAGUGAAAGGAGUCAACCUGGACCAAACAGAUGAUGAUUUCUAUUCCAAGUUUUCCACAGGAUCAGUGUCUAUUCCAUGGCAAAAUGAGAUGAUAGAAACAGAGUGUUUCAAAGAACUGAAUGUAUUUGGACCAAAUGGUACUAUUUCACCAGACCUAAACAAAAGCUACCCCCCAGAGCCACCCAAGAAAGGAUUGCUACAGAGAAUAUUUAAACGACAGCAUCAGAACAAUUCAAAGAGUUCUCCAAAUUCAAAGGCCAGUUUAAAUCACCACAUAAAUUCAAAUCACGUAAGUUCAAACUCCACUGGAAGCAGCUAGUUCCAACUCAGUUUUAUGAAACAACAUGUUGCAUCCUUCCACUAUAAUCUAUGGAGCUUCUAUGGA